AUGAAGGCGUCGAUCAAGUUCCGCGACGAGGAGCGGCCGCUGAUGCGCGCCAAGGUGCCGAUCGCCGUGCUGGGGCUGCCGUUCCAGUCGGGGCUCGCGGCGGGCGGGGACCGGCGGGAGCUCCGCUUCGACGUGUCCACGGCGUUCGCGUCGGGCCCCGCGCUCCGGCUCUCGUACCGCCCCAACGACCCGGCGCUCCCCUUCGCGCUCACCGUGCGCGCGGGGCUGGGCCCGCUGGGUUCCCCGGCGCGCGCGCCCUUCGCGCUCGCCGCCGAGUUCAACCUCCUCGCGCCUGACCCUUCCUCGUCGCCCGCCUUCUUCCUCCGCCUCAAGCCGCGGCUCGGCGACUUCUCCCUCUCCCACACGCUGCGCUCCCCCGCCGCCGCCCCGGCGCCAGCGCCGCGGAAGGUCGGGGAGCCGGGCUCCGACGACGGCGGCGGCGGACACGGGCGGGAGGUGAAGCUCCUCGACUAUAGGCCGCCGUUCACGUUCACCGGGAGCGGGCUCGCGGCCGACGUCGCGGCGGCGGGGACCAAGAGCGGGGUCGGCGCGCUGCUGUCCGGGAUGCGGCUCACGACCAGGAGCGUGCUCCCGCUGUGGGGUAGGGCCAGCCUCCGGUUCAACUGGGGCCUCCGCGUGCCGCCGGAGCUGCUCGCCGACGAUGGCGACGGCAAGGGCGUGCGCGCUCCCGUCAGCAAGAUGCCGCUGCUGGUCAUGAGCAAGGUCUCCAUCGAGCAGUCUCCGCGCGCCGGCGCGGGCACCAAGGCCGUCGGCCGAGCACCUGCAGCCACCCUGGCCUGCACGGACGCGGACUCGGACGGCGACGCGGCGUUCUCGCUGGUGAGGCAGCAGCUGGAGUCACUGAACGUGGACAACAUGCUGCUCCGGCGCGCCGUGGAGGAUCUCCGCGCGGAGGUCCGCAGCAACAGCAGGGCCACGCGGCCCGCUGCUGCUGCGGCGGGCAGAGGUGAGGGCAGGGUGGCGGCGACCGCGCUGCAGACGCAGCCACACCCGCGGCCGCAGCCUUACCACUCGACGAAGCCGCAGCGGGGCGCCGCGACCGCGAGGGAGCCUGCCGCUUCACCGGACGACGUCGGCGAGGAGCUGAAGAAGGCGUUGGAGGCCCGCCUGCGGUGA